AUGUUUUGUGCUAUCAGCGGAAAGCCUUUGAAAACGGCUGUUUUUUCUCCCAAGUCGAAAUGUGUUUUCGAGAAAUCAUUGAUAGAAACCUACGUUGAACAAAAUGCACUAGAUCCCAUCAAUAGAGAGCCGUUGAGUGUGCAAGAGCUUAUUGAAAUAGCACAGACCCCGGAACAAUAUGCCAUGUCCAAUUCGGUGAAUUCUUCAACACUAAAAGCCAAUUAUAGCAUUCCUAACCUGCUGUCGUCUUUACAAGACGAAUGGGACGCUGUCAUGCUAGAAAACUUCCAGCUAAGACAGCAAUUGGAGGCCAGUAAGGUGGAACUGUCUAACGCAUUGUACAAGUGUGAUGCGGCGAUGAAUGUUGCCACGCGAGCAACAAUCGAGACGGAAAGACUAAAGCAUGAAUUGAGCAUUUUGUCUCAAAAUCUGGCACCAUCUCUACAAACUGAACCUGAAGCUACCGAUGGCACCGACCAGCAGCUGCUGACAGAGUUCUCAGCGGAUGCCCUUCAAAAGAUUGCUCAAAAUUCCAUAGAAUUCGCAAAAAACAGCAGGAAGAUAAAGUUACGCUCGCUUCCAUGCUCGAAAGUGUUUGAGGAGAUCCAAGUGAUUUGUGAAGUGCCGUCAAAUUUUACGCUAAAUGCGUCAUUCGUAGACGGCAACAUAGCUGAGGGCAAGAUAGCUGCCGUCUACAACCAAGAAGGAUCAUUCAAAUUGGUUUCAGCAUCACAUUUUGAAACCGGAACAGUGAAUAUGGUUCUCAAUGACAAUGACGAAGUUAGUUUCAUGGCACCUUUAAACGCCAAACAGAUAAUGUUCGGUACGAAAAUGGGAAGCCAUGGUAUUUACGACAUAUCUGAAGGGAAAGCCCUCAGCAGCCUUCGAUUUAACGAGGGACGGGCAAUCGUUCUAAUUUCAUGGGUCAAGGAUGUCAGUGGACACGCUUAUCUGACUGUUGAUUCUAACGGCGCAAUCUCACUGUUCGACACCGAGAAGAAGUGUGCCUACGCCCUGCGGACGAAAGAAUUUUCUACAUCGUAUGCGCAUUUGCACAAGGAUGGCCUACUAGUACUUCAAGGUAACGAAAAGAGCUUAAUUGUGCAAAACAUAUCGCAGCUGCAAAAACCACCCAUCGAGUUUACUCAUGACAUUGAAUCAGAGGGCCCAAUCACUUCUGCCAAGUUUGCUUCAAACGGCUAUUGGCUUGUGGUCACCACACGAACGGAACUCAAGAUAUUUGAUCUGAGGAAAAAACCUAACACUCUUGCGUCCGAGAUCUUGACUUUUGAAAACGAAAGUUUGAUAGCAUGGGAUCUUGAACCUAGCAUGAAAUCAUUGUUUGUGGUUGUGGAGAAGCAAGGCCGAUCAAUUCUUCAGUCGUAUGGGUUCGAUAAAUCAGCCAAGCUUUGGGUUAAAAAACCAGAUUUCACGCAUGCUACCACCGUACGGGAGUUUGCGUACUUGUGGGAUGCGGAAUCCGGGUUCAUUAAAGGUUUAGGUGAGAAUGAGUUGAUUAGUUUGAAGCUGGAGUAA